GAACACACAUGGCGGCUUUUGAAAGCUGUGAGUGACUCCAGUGCUGCGCGCAGCGUUCUCCUGAUUCUGCACUUUCUCUGCCAUUGAAACGAGAGCGAUGAUGCCGUCACCUGGGCAGACUCUGAGCGCCGGAGGCCUGAGAACGUAGCUGCAGCUGCUGCCUGGGAUCCGGACGGCGCGGGGUCGGAGAGAGCCUGGAACCUCGCGGUGGGCAGUUAAUUCUAAGAUGUCCUUGAGCAGCGGAGCUGCCGGAGGGAAAGGAGUGGAUGCGAACCCCGUUGAGACGUACGACAGUGGGGAUGAGUGGGACAUUGGAGUAGGGAACCUCAUCAUUGACCUGGACGCUGACUUGGAGAAGGACCAGCAGAAGUUGGAAAUGUCGGGCUCCAAAGAGGUGGGGCUGCCGGCGCCCAACGCCGUGGCAACGCUGCCUGAUAACAUCAAGUUUGUGACGCCGGUGCCGGGCCCACAGGGCAAGGAGGGCAAGUCCAAAUCCAAGAGGAGCAAGAGUGGCAAGGACAGUGGCAAGCCUGCGCCGGGAGCUGCUCUGUUCACUCCUGGCGAGGGGACCAGUGGCAAGAAGGAGGUUCAGGGACGCUCUGGGGACGGCACCGGCUCUGGCGGCCUGGUGGCUGCUGUCCUCCCAAAGGGCACUGAGAAGUCCAAGGCAGCUCGCAGUGUGGCCAGCUCCAAAAAGGAGAAGGAGGGCAGCUCCUCCAAGAGCAAGAAGGAAAGGAGUGAGGGGGUGGGGGCUCCGUCCGAGAAGGAGCCCAGCGUGCUCCAGCCUCUCGCCCUGGCCGUGAGGGUGGGACAGUACGACGCGGGCCCGGGGCCGGAGCCUGCUGUGGCGGAGCAGCUCGGGAGUAUAGCGAUCGACACGGGGGCGGCCCUCAACCCUUUGGGAGUUAAGUCGGAGAUGGAGGACGGCGAAAGCGAGUGCCGGCAGCCGAAGAAGGUCAAGGCAGAGAAGAUGGAGUCUCCGGUCUCCACGCCUGCAGUGCUGCCCUUGCACCUCCUGGUGCCCGUUGUCAAUAACGACAUUGCGUCCCCCUGCGAGCAGAUCAUGGUCCGCACGCGCUCCGUGGGGGUGAACACCUGCGACGUGGCGCUGGCUACCGAGCCCGAGUGUCUGGGCCCUUGUGAACCCGGCACCAGCGUCAACCUGGAGGGCAUCGUCUGGCAGGAGACGGAGGAUGGCAUGCUGGUGGUGAACGUGACCUGGAGGAACAAGACGUACGUGGGGACGCUGCUGGACUGCACGCAGCACGACUGGGCGCCCCCCAGGUUCUGCGACUCUCCCACCAGCGACCUGGAGAUGCGGAACGGGCGCGGCAGAGGCAAGCGCAUGCGCCCCAAUAGCAGCGCGCCGGUGACGGAGACGGCGGCCACCUCGGACAGCAAAGGGACCAGCAGCAGCAGCAAGACGCGGGCAGGCGCCAGCAGCAAAGGGCGGCGGGGGAGCCAGACCUCCUCGGAGCAGCGCCCCCCGCCCAGCGGCGCCGCCGAGGACGUCAAGGCCAGCCCCUCCUCGGUGGCCAAGCGGAAGAGCAAGCCCCUCUCCGACAUGGAGCUCAACUCCAGCUCCGAGGACUCCAAGGGCAGCAAGCGCAUCCGCACCAACUCCAUGGGCUCGGCGCCCGCGCCCCCACCCGGGGUCAAGGUGGAGCCCGUGGGCCUGGACCGGAACUGCCCGUCCCCCAUCCUCAUCGACUGCCCGCACCCCAACUGCAACAAGAAGUACAAGCACAUCAACGGGCUGAAGUACCACCAGGCCCACGCGCACACGGAUGACGACAGCAAGCCCGAGGCGGACGGGGACAGCGAGUGCGGCGAGGACCCGCCCCAGAGGCAGAGCAAGGACUCGCCCUACUCGCAGGGCUUUGACGCGUACUACUCCCCGGGCUACCCGCAGGCCAGCCCCGGGCCCCUCAACCCCAGCAGCCAGGCCGCCGAGAGCCAGGCCGCCAAGCUGAAGAAGGAGGAGGAGCAGGAGCUGCCGGAGGGGAAGGGGAAGAGCGAAGGCAGCGAGGAGAAGAAGGUGGAACUCAGCGGCUCCAGCCAGCAGCCCUCGGUCAUCCAGCAGCGGCCCAGCAUGUACAUGCAGUCCCUGUACUACAACCAGUAUGCCUACGUGCCCCCCUACGGCUACAGCGAGCAGGGCUACCACGCCCACCUGCUGAGCACCAGCCCCGCCCCCCGCCAGCGGCAGGGCUUGGAGGUGCAGCCGUCCCGUGGGCUGGAGAAGAAAGCCGAGCUGGGCCUCAAGGAGGACUGGAAGCCGAAGCCGUCGGUCCCUCCGACGCUCACCAAAGCCCCCAGCCUGACGGACCUGGUGAAGUCGGGACUAGGCAAGGCCAAGGAGGUGGGGGCGGUCGAGUCGGCCAAGUCGGUGAUCAUCCCCAAGCUGGAGGACUCCUCCAAGCUGCCCAGCCAGGUGGCCGAGGGGCUGAAGGUGAAGGUGGCUGAGGCCGGGCACCUGGGGAAGGAGGCGGCUGAGUCCAAAGCCGGGGUGGACUGCGGCCGGCAGGCGGAGGCGGACCCCGUCCUCUGGUACAGACAGGUAUGCGAGGCGCUCGGGCAUGCUGCCUGGGGGUUGGGCUCCAUCGGCCCCAGUGGCGCUUCCCUCCCAAGCCCUCCGCACCGCUAGGGUUGCCAGAUGGUU